GCGCUAUUUCCAUUCUGGCCCAUGCAAGCCGGAGCCGAGGUCGUUCCCGUCGACAGCGCGAUGGCCGCCGCCGCGACGUCGCCCAAGCCAGAGCCACUCGCGUACGACGUGCAUCUCUUUGAGGCCUUCCCGGCCGUGUGCGCCAAGGGCAAGAACGGCGUCCAGACGUGCCAAGCCAUGUCGCUCUUCCUUCAAGAUCGCGCCAACUUUGAGAUGCUCUACAGCAAGCAGCUCGGCAAGAUCCAACAGAGCCCCAAGUCGGAGGACUGGGCGAAACAAGUGGCGUCAGUGUGGGCAGCCGUGCACAAGGCGAUGGCGUCCAUCUCGGCCGAGCACGUGGACUUUGCAAGCAAGCACACGACGAGCAUCGUCGCUGGCAUCAAGGCGUGCACGCUGCAGCAAGACACGCAGAUCCAGCGGCUCACGUCCGAGGGCCUCAAAAUCAAGAGCCGAUACCAAGACUACGCCACCAAGGCCAACAAGACCAAGGAGCGCUACGACAAGAAGUGCGCCGACGCGCUCGAGCUCCUCGCGUCACUGAACCGCAAGCCGGACGGCGACAAGUCGUCGGAUAUCUUUACCAAAGUGUGGGAUUCGACCAAGCACCUUGCGUUCACGUCGCAGGACCGCCAGCGCACCAAGAUCGCGGCCGCCAUGGACGACAUCGUCGCUGCCGAGGCCGCGUACACGCGCGCAGUGGAGGCGCUCGCUUCGCAGCGCACCACGUACGAGCGCAGCUUGAAGGACAACCUCCGGGCCUUUGAGGUUACCGAGGAGCAGCGCAUCGAGUACAUUAAAGAUCUGCUUUUGCGCACGGAAAAGGCGCGGCUCGGGACGCUCAAGAAGAUUGAGGCGGUCAUCGCCGACAUGCAGGCGGCCAUCCAGUCGAUCGAUGUGCUCGAUGACAUUGAGGAGGGACUCGUGCAAGGACUCGGGCUCCAGUCCCCCGAGCUCACGGCCGAAACGGCGUGGCUCCUCGACCCGGAGAGCACUCGACUGGCAGACCUCGUCACCGGCGUUCAGAGCAUGAGCGACCAAGGCGUCAUCUGCACCCACGCGAUGCUCAACACGCUUGUCGAGUACAUAUCCGCUGAAGAAACCUUUGUCCAAGCGCUCGACAAGCUCUCGAGUAUCCACGGGCCAACGCCCAACGAGAAAAUCGAGACAGGGCUCUUUGCGUCAUCGAACCCGGUGGUGGCCGACGAAGGUGCGACGUUGAGCGCCGCGUGGACCGCGGUCGUCGCUCAGCUGCAGCGGGUCGCGUACCUUCAUCGCGAAUUUGGGUCGCUCCUCGCCGAGCCCGUGCUCUUGAGUCUUGGCACGAUGAAGAACGAGUAUGACGAGACCAAGACAGCGCUGGACGCGGACCUCGGGCGACUCUACGGGACGAUCUUGGCCGAGCGACAAGCGCACUGGCGACUGCUGACGCGACUCGAGACGAAGCGCAAGGAGCUCGAGGCCAACCAGACGACGCAGACCGUCAACGUGGACAAGGAAGAUAUGCUGCACCACCUGGGGCUCGCCGACAGUCCGUCGGAGCGAGAGCGCAAGCUCGGCUGGAAGGUCGACCAGCUUCGCGACGAGAUUACGGAUCUCUCGGCCCAAGUCGACGCAAGUGCGGCCGCACUGCUUGACAAAGCCGAUACGUUUCGCGAGGAGCUCCAGCGCGUCCUCUCGGGGUACACGAAGAAUGAAAAAUACCGUCUCGAUGUCAAGAAGAGCUCAUUGCGGUCGCUCGUCAAGGCGCACGACCACCUCGUUUUGGGCUUGAAGCACGCGUCACAAGCCAUCGUCACUGACGUCGACCAGCUCUCGGCAACUGCCGACAUUCAAGAAUUUAUCCAACACGUGGUCGACGCGUCGCCGCCGACGACCGAAGGACCAAGCUUGGUGCCGCAGCUCUCGACGUCGCCCCUCCUGCUCGAGCAACUUCGCCGCCACACGUCAACGGCCAAGCCCAAGCUCGUGGCGACACCGAGCAACUCGAACCUCGCGCGGACCAUUGACGAGACGGAAGACUCGAACGCAAGCGACGCCGACGCGAUUUUGGACAAGAAGGACGAACUCAAGGACGACAAAGACUCGCUCCUCUUUGCGAUGGGCUCGGCUGAGUUUCAGCGCGUCUUCAACCUACCCGCGUCCGAGCAAGUCGUCGCGAGCUUUUCGUGUGCCCUGUACCUCAACAACUUUCCGUGUCAAGGUCGACUGUACCUCUCGCAGACGCACCUCUGCUUUACGGGCUGGCGCGACGCGUUUGUGGUGCUGCCGCUCACGGAGAUUACGCACAUGGAGCGCAAGAACACGGCGAUCGUGGUGCCCAAUGCCCUCGAGCUCACAACGGCGACGCAAGGUCGCUUCUUUUUUGCGUCGUUUCUCUACCGCGACGAAUGCAUGCAGUCAGUCGGUCAGCUGCGGCAGAUUCAGCAGCAAAUGCAAGCCAUCUUGACGCCCUCGGACGACGGCACGCCAGACGACGACGACAGCACCGCCUCAAACUCGGAGGGGUCGGAGACGCAAGUGAGUCUGGACAUUGCCGAGCAAGAGACGAUCCUAUCGCAAGACUAUGACGUGGUCAUGGACGAAGUGCUCUCGCUGCCAUUGGCUUAUGUGAACAAGGCGCUCUGGGGACCCGCCGCCUAUCUGGACGCGCUGCUGAAGGCAACAGGCGAGACCAACGUGAGCGUCGGCGAGUGGUCGCCGGGCCCGGUGCAGUACACGGCGUUCAAGCGUCAGGAAACGUUCCAAAAGGUGCGCACUGUCACGUAUACCCACAACAAGAAGUACAUGGUGGGACCGAGCGCGAUCCCGACGUCGCAGGAGCAGCGUCUCUCGUUUGAGGACGGCGUCGGCCUCGUGGUCAGCGUCACGGCGACGGUUGCCGACGCGCCGUACCACGACUACUUCCGCGCCGAGAGUCGCUGGCUCUUUACGCCGCAGCCCAACGGCGAUACUCGACUCCGCACCGGCGUGCGCCUCUUUUGGGUCAAGAGCACGUGGCUCAAGAAGCAGAUUGAGGGCGCGACCGCAUCCGAGUCGAAGGAAACCAUGAAGCUCUGGGCAGUCAAGGCGAUGGAAGCCUACAAGAAGACGACCGCCACGACCACGGCCAAGGCAACGCCCCCGACGAAGGCACCGAGUGCCGUGGUGCCGCCCGUUGCCGCUGAAGUGCCCAAGACGACGCCACCGGUGGCAACCAAGAUGGUCCUGCCCGAAGGGCGACUGGUGUGGGGCCUUGCGCUGCUGGCCUACUUGCUUGUCUUGCUCAGUCUCUGGCGCCUCGGGAGCCUCCAUCAGCGGAGCGUGGCCCUCCAGGAAGAACAAGUCGCGCUCCUUCGAGCCAUGCUACAGUCGGUUUCCGACGGCCAGCUGCGCGACGUCCUGCAACACGUGCUUCCGCCGCACUAAGGCUGCCAAGUGCUAUGUAUUUUGUCCAUAAUGUGUGCGUUUUUCUACUGCUG